CGGCUGCAGCAGGAAGCGCUGGACCGGGUCUCGGCCUGGAAGAGUCGUUAUGGUCCCAAAAUGCCUCUUGCAGUGGAUUGCACCGCUGAACUGAUUCGAUGCAAGGUCCUGGAUUCAUCUGGCAGAUUGAAGUCACAUGAACUCAUCCUCUCUUAUGGUCUGGCUCUUGUAAGGUUUGUCAACUUGAUCACAGAAAGGAAACAGAAGAUGGUCAGCAUUCCUCUGAGACAAUUAGCCAGAGAAGUGGAUAUCCCUAUCUGGGUUGUGGAUCUCCGACACGAGCUGACCCAUGGGAAGCUGCCACGGCUGGCUCUGUGCCGCAAGGGUUGUGAUGUUGUCCUGGACUGGCUACGAAAGACUUACUGGAGCCGUCAGCUGGGCAAUAAUUUGUGUGAAGAAAGUGAGGACGAGGAAGAGGAGCAGGAAGAGGUGGUAGCAAAUGCAGAGCUGGACAAUGAUGCAUGGGAGAUUCGAACUCCACAGCAUGAGGCCUGUCAGAAACACAAGGAAUUCCAUGAAAAAGUCAGAGAUGUGCUAAUAUCCUACAAGAAUGAGCAGUUUCGGGUUAUGCAGACUGUGCAGUCUGUUUCAAAGUCUCGAGAACUGUGGUCUGAUUCCUCUUCAGAAGUGGACUGGAUUUUGGCUCAGAUCAAAGACCUGAUGCAAGAGAACAGGGAGGCAGUGGCUGAAGCUCUUCUCAGUGAUGGCUUUCUCAUCCCAAAGAUGGAUUGUCUGAAGAUGCUAAAUAUCAAGUAUGAAGCAAAUAAAGAGGUAUGGCAGUUCAAAAUUCCUCAGACAUUCUACUGCUUUUGGCAGCCUUUGCUGACAGGCCUCCUGUCCCGAAGUUUUACACAGAUCCUAAUAGAGAAAAUGUUCAUGGAGUUGAAGGAAUGUUCUGAUUCUUCAGAACUCCGGCCUCAGUUCUUGAUCAACUGGAUUUCUGAGAUGCUGACUGGCAUUGCCAAAGUAAAUGCUGGUGAGAUCCUCACAAUCAUGAGACCUCGCUUGCCGCGUUCUUCGCGGAAGAACCUUCUCUAUCUCGCUUCCGUUUACACAGAAGGAGGUGGCCCUUUGUCCAGUCCAGGCCUGUCUUCAGACUGCAGUGAACAGCCAAUUUACACUAUAGAGAGCUUACAGUGGAGGGCCAGGCAAGAAAAUCAGGUUAAAAAUCAAGGGCAGACUGUAGAGAAACAAGAAGAUGUGCUGGAGAGAGAUGAUGGUGUAGAGGAGGUGGAGGAGGAGGAAGAAGAGAUGGUAACUGAAACAAGUCCUUUGGAAGGACUUGCUCAUUCUGGUAACGUGGUGGCUAUUGCUGAGAAAAGGGCAGCACUGCAAGGGUCCGCGUGGCAGAUCACUGCAGAUGAAGUACCAUGGAAAGACUUUCCUCUUGGGAAACUCCCAGGUCAGACAGAUGACCCCGAUGGUCUCUUGUUGGAUAAUUAUUCCAUGAUGUCCCUGCUCGAUCAGCCAGUGAGAGAUGAGUGGAAGUCUUCUAAUACAAA